AUGUCUGCCAGAACGACACACAAGGCGCUCGUGCUCGCUGCGGCUGGCGCAUCAAGCUACUCGAUGACGGAAGUCCCCACCUACACCCCCGGCCCAGACGAAGUGGUCGUUAAGAUCGAAGCCGUUGGGCUCAACCCCAUCGAUUGGAAACUGGCGUAUCAGUACUCGGGCAUGAUUCCUUUCUACCCAUACAUUUCCGGGCACGAUGGCGCCGGGACAGUCGUGGCGGUGGGCUCCGAGGUCGCCACACUUGCCAAGGGUGAUUCCGUCAUUGUGCAAGGCGAUUACAUGAACAAGAGGGCCACUUUCCAGCAGUUCAACGUCGUGUCCGCCGCCCUGACUGCGAAGAUGCCCUCGAACAUCUCCUUCGACGAAGCGGCGACAAUCCCCCUCGGACUGCUCACCGUGCUGACCGCGAUGUACCACAACAACCCGAACGCGAAAGGGCGGAGUCUCAUGCUCCCUCCGCCCUGGGUGCCGGAGGGCGCGACAAUGUUCGCCGGAAAGCCCAUAUUCAUCCUCGGCGGCGCUUCGUCCGUCGGCCAAUACGCCAUCCAAGUCGCGAAGCUCGCCGGGUUCUCGCCCAUCAUCACCACCGCCUCCCCGCGCAACCGCGAGCUGCUCCGCUCCCUCGGCGCGACGCACGUCCUCGACCGCGCCCUCCCCGACGCCGCGGUCCUCGCCGAGCUCCCGCGGCUCACCUCCGGCCGCCCGAUCCCGCUCGUCUACGACGCGAUCUCGCUCCCCGAGACGCAGACGCUCGCGUACCGCGCGCUCGCCGACGGCGGCGGCCUCGUCGUCGUCCUCCCGAGCGAGAUCCCGGACGGGCUCAGGAAGGCCGGGGACGGGAAGACGGUCGCGGCCUCGUACGGGAGCCCGUACCUCGCGGAGCACCGCGCGUUUGGUGAGGAAGUGUACGCAUGGCUCGGGGAGUGGCUGGAGACGGGCGUUAUCAAGCCCAACAAGGUCGAGGUGCUGGCUGGGGGGCUGGCUGGGGUGGCUGUGGGCCUAGCGCGCAUGAGGGAGAACAAGGUUAGCGCGGUGAAGCUCGUCGUCCACCCUCAAGAGACGCCGUGA